AUGGCUUUCUACAUCUUCAAAAUCAAACUCCUCCCAUUUCCAAAGCCCCUAACCCUCUUUUAUCUCGUAUUAUUAUUCACCGAUUUCUUCUCACCACUACGCCCAUUUACAAGUGCUUUAUUCUUCAACUUCCCCAGUUUCAAUUCUUGUAACACUGAUGACUCCCGUCUAAGAUGUGACAGAGCUUUCCAUGAAAACCAAGUCAUCCAACUCACCAACAACAAGGUCAUAACGGGGUCUAUUGGUCGAGCCACGUAUGUCAGUCCCAUGCACCUGUGGGACAAAGCAUCUGGAAACCUCACAGAUUUCACUACCCAUUUUUCCUUUGUCAUUGAUUCUCAAAAUAGUCCUAAUUUUGGAGAUGGGCUUGCGUUCUUCCUUGCACCUAACGCCACUGGUUCAAAAGUAGUUCCUAAUCAUGUCACGAAUGGUAGCUCUCUAGGUCUCACUAACGAUGACCAGCUACUAAACUCGACGGACAAUCCUUUUGUCGCUGUGGAGUUUGACAUCUAUCCAAACAUACCAUGGGAUCCGCCGAUUUCGCUCGGGUGGCCCGGCGCACAUCUAGGUAUUGAUAUAAACUCCAUGAAAUCUGUUGCUAAUGUGUCAUGGCAGGGGUGGUGGAGUAAUACUUCUAUUACUCAAGGGCUAAUCAAUGAAGCUUGGAUUACUUAUAAUUCUACUUCUCAUAAUUUGAGUCUUCUUCUCACUGGUUUUAUAAACAAUUCUAUGGUAGAGCAGUCUCUUUCUUAUCAGGUUGAUUUGAGACAUCACUUGCCUGAAUGGGUAACUUUGGGAUUCUCAGCCGCAACAGGAGCUUCUCCUGCAAUGCAUACCAUCCGCACAUGGUAUUUUAAUUCAACUUUGGAAGAUAUUGUAACUGAACCCAAUGGAAGGAAAAACAAGAAGCUUGGAUUAGACGUGGGGUUGGGUGUUGGUGGAUCGUUUUUGUUUGGUGGGUUGGCUUUAAUUCUAUUUUGCAUGUGGAAGAGGAGUAGGAGUCACACCGAAGAGGAUCUUGCCCUUGAUAGCUGCAUGGAUGACGAAUUCCAAAGGGGAACAGGACCAAAGAGGUUCUCAUUUCAAGAAUUGGCUCAUGCCACCAAUAAUUUCAAUGAGGAAGAGAAGCUAGGCCAGGGUGGAUUUGGUGGUGUUUAUAGAGGAUUUUUAAAGGACUCAAAUUCUUUUGUUGCUGUUAAGAGGGUGUCAAAAGAGUCUAAACAGGGGAUAAAAGAGUAUGCAUCAGAAGUUAAAAUCAUUAGUCGAUUGAGACAUAAGAAUUUGGUGCAACUCAUUGGCUGGUGCCAUGGAAGAGAAGAACUCUUACUCGUCUAUGAGUUCAUGCCCAAUGGAAGUUUAGAUUCACAUCUUUUUACAGAAAACAGCUUAUUGAUAUGGGCAAUGAGGUACAAGGUUGCUCAAGGAUUGGCAUCGGCCUUGCUUUACUUGCAUGAAGAAUGGGAGCAAUGCGUUGUGCAUAGGGAUAUAAAAUCAAGCAAUAUUAUGCUUGAUUCAAACUUUAAUGCUAAACUUGGAGAUUUUGGGCUAGCUAGGCUUGUGGACCACCUAAAAGGGUCACAAACCACUGUUUUGGCAGGCACUAUGGGCUAUAUGGCUCCUGAAUGUGUCACAACUGGAAAGGCUAGUAAGGAGUCAGAUGUGUAUAGUUUCGGAAUUGUCGCUCUGGAAAUUGCUUGCGGAAGAAAACCAAUCAAGCACAAUGCCCCUGAAGAUCAAGUAGUCAUGGUGGAAUGGGUUUGGGAGCUAUAUGGAAUAGGAAAGGUACUUGAAGCAGCUGACCCACGGCUUGGCGGAGAUUUUGAUGAUCAGCAAAUGGAGCGCUUAAUGAUUGUUGGGCUUUGGUGCGCUCACCCCGAUCGCGACCUUAGGCCUUCAAUAAGACAAACAAUUCAUGUUCUCAAUUUUGAGAUUCCAUUGCCUGUUCUCCCAUCAAAUAUGCCAAGGCUAGAACAUCUUGCUCCAGCAGUGAAUAGACAUGCAAUGUCACUUUCUGUGUCCAGUGCUGCUACUAAUUAUGAGGGGGGGCAAAAUCAAUAUUCAGGUAAUAGUUACACCAAUUCCACUGUGUUCAAUUCAUCCUCUACAGCUUCUCAAUCUGCAUCGCUUCUGCAUGCGCGUUAA